AUGACCGAGACAACACAAAUCACACAACACAUUUUGCCUUGUUAUAUAAGGGGGAAUUGGGGUUCCCUUAAAAACCUUUCUCUCUUCAAAAAAAUGACUACGAUUCUUGAAGACGGAAAUGGCUUAUUUAGUACUCAUGUGGCUUUAGACGAUGUAAACUUCGCUAUUAAAAAUGAGAUGAGAACGGAAAGUGAACUUUCAAAAGACAGUCUGCUUGAGAUUAUUGGAGAUGGAAACGGCUUCUCCUCUUGUGUGAUCCUAGUCACUUGCGACUGGUCAAUCCCUUCUAUUGAUCUACCAAAGAAAUUGGUAUUAAAAAUUGUGUCAUUUACCCAUAUUAAACGACUCAUUGACAAUGCUAAAAGUAAAGGAUUUUGCAAAGUGAAGUCAAAAGACGAGGAGAAAAUGGCGGAACACUUUUUAAUUUCUAUUUUGGCAAUGCAUAACCAGGAGAUCAACUUUUACGAAAUCCUAAGCUCGGCGAAUGCUGAGAAUAUUCUAACUCCAAAGGUGUAUUUUUCUCAAAAGUUUGACGAAACCAACCGCUGCAAGGGAUUCAUUGGAAUGGAGUUUUUGGAAGGCAUCGGAAUCAGGCAUUCCUAUGAGAACUGUACAGUUCAAGAGUUUCAACCAAUUCUCAAAUUGAUUGCUUCAAUCCAAGCCUUAUCAUUUUCGGUUCCAAAUGAGGAUUUCAAGAGGAUAGAGGACGAAUCGGUGUAUGCGAAAAGUGUGGAAGCAAUGAUGUCUGGAGAGGGAAUGAAGGGAUGUUUUGAGCACACAAGGCUUCGAGAUACAGAACAGUUUACGGAUAUUGUGGAACGAAUUCAAGGAUAUGGAACCAAGAUUUUGGAUUUUAAAAAGGCGUUCAAUUUGAAUAAAGUUCUUGGGUAUUACCAAAAACGUCUUCGUUCUCGGGGACCUCUGGAAGCUAACAUUUUAUGGACCAAAGAAUCAAAUGGACAAUUUACGGCUCUGAAAGUUAUAGAUUAUCAGACGGCUCAUACUGGAAACCCUGCAGAAGAUUUGGUCCGUUUCUUGACUUCCACACUGUCCGGAUCUGAUCGGCAAGCUCAUUGGGAGCAGAUAUUGGAAACGUUCUAUGAAUACUUUUUGGAGGCUCUAGGUGAAAAUAAAGCACCGUAUUCUUCAGAAGAGCUCAAAAAAUCGUACAAACUCUUCUUUCCAAUGGGUGGAUUGGCACUGCUUCCAUUGUUUGGGGCUGCUGUAGAUAUGAAAUUAGAGUCUAUGGAUAAAGAUGAAACUGAAAAAUAUAAGAAUAUUGUAAUUGAGAAAUUGAAAUGCUUGUUGGAAGAUGUCGAGAAGUUUUAUUUGGAAUCGAGUGUAUGA